AGCAAAAGGAGUAUCAAGUUUCAGAUACUGAACAGCCACUAAGAGCUGAGAACCAUGCCGCACACCAGUCUCUGCAGCUGCCUGGAGUACAUGCUGCUUGUGCUCUGUAUCCUGAAGGCUGCAGUUGGCUUCCCCAACUCCUCUCCACUGCUGAAUCCCAGCUGGCGGAAUGGAGAUCAGCUGAUGCACUUGUACACUUCUACAGAGAGGAACAGCUUCCAUCUCCAAAUCAAUGCUGAUGGCCACAUCAGUGGUGUUCCUUACCAAACCAUUUACAGUGCUCUAAUGAUCAAGUCUGAGGGUGCUGGCUGUGUUAUAAUCACAGGCGUGAAGAGUGGACGCUACCUAUGCAUGGACGUGAAAGGAGACAUUUUUGGAUCGCAUUAUUUCAGCCAAGAGGACUGCGUGUUCAACCAAAGAACACUGGAAAAUGGAUAUGAUGUGUAUCAAUCUCCCAAGCACCACUUUCUGGUUAGCUUAGGCAGAAGUAAGCAAGUUUUCGUCCCUGGUAUGAAUCCACCACCGUACUCCCAGUUUUUGUCCAGGAGAAACGAAAUCCCUUUGUUUCGAUUCAACACACCUGAACCCCACAGAAACACUAGGAGUGCAGAUGUUGAUCCAAUGGAUCCUCACCAGAUCCUGGUCCCACAGAGAAAGGUCUCUGCAUUAGAGUCUCAGCUGCAACUGCAAAUGGACUUUUCCCAUGUGCCCAGAGAACCCAUGAGAGUCAAUCAGAACGAUGUGGUCAACCCAGAUGACCCACACGCUAUGAUGGAUGCCAGGAGAUAUGCUAGUCCUCGCUUUUACAUUACAAGAUAAUGGCAACCACUUGCAAAUUGAUGACAUGAAUGAAUAUAACAGACAGAAGUGCCUAAAACACUCAAUCUGAUUUCUAACCCUCAGGGUGGGCUGCUAGAAACCCGAAGAACAUUGGAAAAAAAAAAAUUAUUUCAAAUUUUGUCCUUAUGCAUGACGGUUUACUGA